CUCUUCUUCAGUCUCUCUUCCUUUCCCUCUCUCGAACAAGAAGACAACAACUCAAAACGCAGAGAAGAUCUCCCGAACGACACCGUUUCAUAGCAAAGAUGCUUUCUUCCUCUCCAACUUCCUUCACUCAUCCAUUCCUCUCCACGUCUCCGCCUCUCUCCCCCAUAUCUCCGCCGUCUCGCUCACCUCGCCUCCCGCCGCCUCUCGUCUCCGCCUCUUGCUCCUACACCUGCACGGAGGAUCCGCCGAGGCUGCACCAGAUCCCGCGGCGAACGACGCCGGCGACCGCUUCGCUCUACGAGAUUCUGGAGGUUCCUCGCGGCGCGACGGGGCAGGAUAUCAAAUCGGCUUACCGGAGAUUGGCUAGGAUCUGCCACCCCGACGUGGCGGCGGGAACCGAUCGGAGCAACUCUUCGGCGGAUGAGUUCAUGAAGAUCCACGCGGCGUACUGUACGCUCUCUGAUCCUGAGAAACGCUCUGUGUACGAUCGGAGGAUGCUCCGGCGGAGCCGUCCGUUGACCGUCAGCACCUCCGGGAUGGGCAGUUACGUGGGACGGAACUGGGAAACCGAUCAGUGCUGGUAGCGAGUUGACUCGGUGAUCGAGUUAGCUCGAGUUAAUUCGAAUUAAUAAAACACGGUUUGUAUAUAGGAAGCGAUAAAGCUCGGUUUAACGAUGUAAUAGUAGUAAGUGUGCUAACAUACGCCAAAAGAUAAACGUACGCUUCCUCCCUCCCCGCGAGGGCGAUCAGCGCCGUUUGUUUCGUGUUACGAAGGAUCUACGUGUGUCUUUUUUUACCUUGUGAAUCCUGCAAGUACUUAUUAAUGAAAACAAAAUAAAUUCUGUUAGUAAUUA